UCGGUUACUCUCAUUUUCAUCCCUGCUGUUUAGAUACCUUAACUUAUACAUAAAUAAAUAAAUCAUCAAAGUGAAUAGUAAUAUGAAAAAAUAGAAAAAUUUUAAAAUAAAAGCAAAGCUUUUAUUACGGUGUAAAACUACUUGAAUAUACAUAAUUUUCUCCAGAUUUAUGCCAACAAAAACUCAUGAGCUAAUGUCAAUAAAUUGUUUUUAAUUCCAUUUAAUCAAAAGGAGUACUUUUAUGAACAUUUUAAGAAGAAAUGGCGAGCUUAAUACUAAUAGCUUGCCUAGCUAUACUGGGCCUAAUUAUCGCUAUAGCCCUAUUUUUAGCCGGCGGAUACCUAUGGUGGAGGCAUAAAAGAUCCCAGUUACAGUUUAUAGAACCAAAUGAAGAUGAGGAAUCCAGUAGUUAUAGCUUGAGGGCAACACAAGAUAUUGUGGACUCUAACAAUCCUCCUAGCAAGCCGCCAAUCCCGAUCGUACAAACAACAACUCCACUUCAAAAUAACAUUAAUCGAAAAUUGAACGGCUUUUUAAAUCUUAGAACACCUCUCAUUGGGGGCAGCUCAAUAACAACACCAGCAAAAGCAUUAAACACAAGCACAGGACCAGCUACAAAUGACGGUACAUCAAAAGAUUCUGCUAAUAAAAGUAUCUCUAUGACCGAUAUGUACCUUGAUAGCACAGACCCAAGUGAGAAUGUUGGACAAAUACAUUUUUCGUUGGAAUAUGAUUUUCAAAAUACAACCUUAAUAUUGAAGGUCUUGCAAGGAAAAGAACUUCCAGCAAAAGAUUUAAGUGGUACCUCAGAUCCAUACGCACGAGUGACAUUGCUCCCAGACAAAAAGCAUCGUUUGGAAACAAAAAUUAAACGAAGAACACUGAAUCCUCGAUGGAAUGAAACUUUCUACUUUGAGGGCUUUCCAAUACAAAAGCUUCAAAGUCGUGUACUUCAUUUACAUGUCUUCGAUUAUGAUCGUUUUUCGAGGGACGAUUCAAUUGGGGAGGUAUUUUUACCACUCUGCCAGGUUGACUUCGCGGGAAAACAGUCAUUUUGGAAAGCCUUGAAACCACCAGCUAAGGAUAAAUGUGGUGAACUAUUGUCCUCACUGUGUUAUCAUCCAUCAAAUUCUAUAUUAACAUUGACAUUGAUAAAAGCAAGAAACCUAAAGGCCAAGGACAUUAACGGAAAAUCAGAUCCAUACGUAAAGGUGUGGCUACAAUUUGGAGAUAAGCGUGUAGAAAAGAGAAAAACGCCUAUAUUUACAUGUACGUUAAAUCCAGUUUUUAAUGAAUCAUUUAGUUUUAAUGUUCCAUGGGAGAAAAUACGAGAAUGUUCUCUAGAUGUUAUGGUUAUGGAUUUUGAUAACAUUGGACGAAACGAACUGAUCGGCAGAAUAUUAUUAGCUGGUAAAAAUGGUUCAGGAGCUUCGGAAACAAAACAUUGGCAGGAUAUGAUCUCAAAGCCUAAACAAACCAUUGUUCAGUGGCAUCGUUUAAAACCAGAAUAAUUAUAUUAAGAAUUGCAAAAUUGUAUGCAACAUUAUAAGAAAAUUUCUCUUACAUACAAUACAUAGUAAACCUGCCUAUUUUUCAGUCCAAGUUUUUUCUGUGUUUCUACGAUUUUUUUGUAUGCGAACGUUAAGUAUGAUAUGCCUAAUGGAUCUUGGCUACAUUAUAGGCAGAUGUGAAAAUGAUGUAAAGUGAUGACAGUGAAGCGCAAACAUUUAUAAAAAUACGUUUAGCAUAACUUAAACUAGCUGCACUAUGAUUAAGAUGACACGCAUUCGCGCAAACGUUAAAAAAGUAAUAUUGUAAUUUAUGGUUGCGAAAUAUGAUGUAAUGUAUCUGACGUGGUUAUCAUUUUUAUUGCUUCAUUAUAAAAAAUUGAAGUUGAGCUGAAGGCAUUUGAAUAGCUUGAAACACAACUAGUAACAGCAUUAAAUUUCAAAGUUUUGUAAUGGUACUUACAGUUAAUUGUAACAAGUCUUAACUAAAUAAAUAAAAUACAAAAAAAAUAUUGUUCGCACUGGUAAAAGCCAAAUUAAUACAAAUUGUAUUUAAAUUUCAAUGGGCAUUCAUUAAUUUAAUAAUACAAAAAAAAAAGUUUUAAUGAAAAAUAUUUGAGAGGUGUAAUGCUUACAUAUAAGGACACCAUAUAAAUUAGUUUAAAUUAAAUAUUUAACGAAGACCUUAUAUAAAACUAAAGAAAACAAAAAAUUUUUUCGUAUCUAACGAUGGAAUGAAAUAUAUUAAUCGCGGGAGUAUAUAUGUAUAUAAUAGAAGUGUUGAAAAUUGUUAUUAAAUAAUAGAUUCUAAUAUUAAUUCGUAAAACGAUGUUGUUACAAAUUACUUACAUAAAUGCGAAAUGUUGUUUCUAUUACAAAAAAGCAGCUAUAUGUUUGAAGUCAAGUUAAAAUAUAAAUAUAUACAAUUAUACGUAGCCUAAACAAAUGAAAAUAACUAUUUAAAAGGAUAGGAACAUAGGUUAUAAACAAAUAAAUAUUUUUAUUAGAGACGACAAUUAGAGAUAAAAUAUUGAAAUAAAAAACAUAAUUAGUAACUGUAAAGAAAUUAGCCAACCAUUGCCGGAAAAAGCGUCUAGAGAGAUCAAGUGCAAAUAUAAACACAAUUUAACAAAGGAAAACAAAUUAAAUAAAAAAAAUAAUUGAAGCUAAGAGUUAAACAAAAAAUUGAUUUGAAAUUGAUAGAGAAACUGAGUUUAAAAAACGAAAAAUCGAAAAUUCAACCCACCUUGAAAUUACAUAUUUGUUAUAUACCUGUUAAAAUAUAUUAAAAAUCAAUUUAUGAUAAUUAAAUAGCUGCAAAUAAAUCAUUUUU